AUGUUACCGGCGAUGCUCGCGGCUACGGCUCGCCGCCUCGCGUCGUCCGGGGCGUCGACGACGGUUCGAGCACGUCCCAACCUCGCGCGGUGGGUCUCGUCCCACGGAUCCCUCGGUGCCGACUCCCCGGCUCGGUGCUCGUUCGACUCCCUCGGCGAAAGGCUCGCGGACGUGGCGACCGAGCGGCCGGCGCACGUCGCGGUGGUGUCCCCGCGGGGUGUCGAAGUCACGUACGGGACGCUUCUGGCGCACGCCGACGCGCUCGCGGACUCCAUGCGCGCCACCUUCGCGACGAUGCGCGACGACGGACGCGAGAGCGCGGCGGGGGACGAGGUGAUGGCGCACGAGCCCCCGACCGCGGACGCGCUGAGGGGCGCGAGGGUCGCCAUAUCCGCGAUUCCCGGCCCGGAGUUCGACGUGGCGAUGAAGGCGACGUGGAUGUGCGGCGCGAUCGCCGUGCCCAUCGCGCGGAACCACACCAAGGCGGAGACGACGCACGUCCUGCGAGACUCGGGCGCGUCCGUCUUUGUGCACAUCCCGGAACAGCGCGACGACGACGACCCCGUCGCGUCAUCGAUGGAGGAGACGUUCGAUUUUCUGACGAGCGUCGGCGUGCGACGGAUGGUCAGCGUCGCCAGGGUGGGCGAAUGCGACGGCGCCGCGAGGGGGGGGGAGCUUUCGCGUUUGGCAGGCGUACGCGGAGCCGUCGCGUUCGAUGAGGGGCCGAUCGAUGAGGGGACGAUGAGGGUCAACGCGCCGGGCGACGGCGCGCUCAUCAUCUACACGAGCGGCACCACCGGUUCACCCAAGGGUGCGCUUCACACGCACGGCUCGCUCGCCGCGCAGUGCACCGCGCUGAUGAACGCGUGGGAUUGGUCCCACUCCGAUCGCAUGUAUCACGCGCUGCCCCUGCACCACAUACACGGGCUCGUCAACGGUUGGGCGUGCGCGGCGGCGACGGGGGCGACGGUCGAGUUCGCCGGCGACUUGUCCUUCGCGCCCCGCGCCGCGUGGGCGAGGCUCCGCGACACCAACCGGGCGCCGGUGACCGUGUUCAUGGGCGUCCCGACGAUGUACGUGAUGAUGCUGAGGGCGCUGGAGGGGCUCAAGAAAAGGCGGAACCGCGCCGACGCGAUGGCGUCAGCCGCCGCGGCGAGGUCGCUGCGGCUGACGGUGAGCGGGUCCGCGUCGUUGCCGACGCCCGUGGCGCGCGCGUGGAUGACGGAGACGGGCGCCGACGUCGUCCCGCUGGAGCGGUACGGCAUGACGGAGAUUGGCAUGGCGCUGAGUAACCCUCUGCGCGGGGAGAGGCGCGCGGGGACCGUGGGCACGCCCCUCCCCGGGGUGGAGGUGAGGACGGAGCGAGUCGGUCACGAUGAGCGAAUCGGUUACGAUGAGCGAAUCGGUCACGAUGAGCGGGUCGGUUACGAUGAGCGGGUCGGUUACGAUGAGCAGGUCGGUUCGGAUGCGACGGCGGCGGUCGGUGGGGCGGGAGCGAACGAGGCGGGGUUCGAGGACGUCGAGGAGGGCCCGGCCGAGCUGCUGGUCAGGGGACCGGGCGUGUUCGUCGGGUACUGGAACAAGCCGGACGUCACCGCGUCGUCGUUCACCCCGGAUGGAUUCUUUCGCACCGGGGACACGGCGGUGAGGGAGAGGGGCGGGUACUGGCGAAUACUGGGGCGAACGUCGGUGGACAUCAUCAAGACUGGGGGAUUCAAGGUGAGCGCGCUGGAGACGGAGGCUAAGCUGCUGGAGCACCCGGCGAUCGCCGAGGUGGCGGUGUUUGGCGUCCCCGACGACGCGUACGGCGAGAUUAGCGUCGCGGUGACGGCGCUGAAGGAGGAGGAGGAGGAGGGCGCGGAUACCUCCGAGCUGGCGCGGUGGGCGCGACGGAACAUGGCCGAGUACAAGGCUCCGAGGGUGUUCCAGCUGGUGCGGAAGAUUCCGAGGAACGCGAUGGGCAAGGUCAACAAGAAGGAACUCCGGCACAUGUACCUCCACGGCGGGCUCCAGUAG